GCGGAUAGAAAUGUUCACACACAUUAGACAUUUAGAUCUCGCACUUCAUUCACGCUCACUCCUGGAAAGUGGAAAGGGUAAAACCAGACUCAAAUCCGAGUUGAUACCGAGUUAACCCAGUAACAUCUGCGUUAGGGUUCUUGCUUCUUCGCUUGGAAAGGAUUUCAGAUUACAUUGAACUGUAUUAGAUGUUGAAAGGGAGGAAAAUUUCUGGUAGAGGAGAAACUGUAGCAGCAAACUAUGCAUUUAGUGCACUAGAAGAUGACAUAAUCAUAAAGCAUAGACUUCUAACACGCACCACCACUACAAGAGGUGAACCUCCAUUAAAGAAGCUUCAAAAGAAGUUCACCUCAUUUGUUGUCGAGGUAGAGAAAGAUGAUGAUAAUUUUAAUGAUUGUAUUAGGCUUUCUAAAGCCUUCUUGCAAGAGCUUUCUACUUUUGAAAUUCCAUUGUUGAAGAGUAAAGCUGUUAUUGAUGCUAAUUUGAGGGAGAAAGGGAACUUUGAUGAGUUAAUGGAUGAGAUAAAUAGCCAGAUUGGGCAGGCGCAGGCUGAUAUUGAGGAUUUGAAGAAACAGCUGGAGGAGAGUAAAAUUGAAAGGCAGCACAAGGAGGAGUGUGAGGCGAUCAGGAAAUUGAUUGCUAUGCAGCCACCUAGGUCAGAGACUCAAAAGAUUAUACAGGAAUUAGAGAAAGAGAUUGCAGCAUUGGAGGCAGAGAAUACAGCUGGUUCUCGGUUGCUGGAGCUUCGCAAGAAACAGUUUGCUCUAUUAUUGCAUGUGGUUGAUGAGCUGCAAAACACUAUAGAGGAAGACCAGAAGAAUUUGAUUGAGGAGAUGAGAAUGGCAGCAGAAGAGCAGAAAAAUGGGAUGGAGGAUGGCAGUGGUGGCUCUGAAGCCAUGGCUGUUGAUUAGUAAAAUAGUCUAUCCACUUGCAGUUGGAUGGUUGUGUGUUUCUAAAAGGCCUUACAUCAUUUCCAGGUUGUAUGAAUUUCUUUUCGCUGUCGAAAUGGGAAGUGUAGUUGAGUGUAAGAAAUUUUCCCUUCUACUUUUACAUAUAUUAUCACCAUAUCAAGUUGAUGGAAUUAUCAAAAUCUUUGCUAAAAGUCUCAAUCAUUUCAGAUCCCACAAAUUUUCGUUUUG